CCACCUGGGAUCUCAGCCCCCAGCCGGCCAGUUGCACCAUCUCCCAGCGGGAACCUUCUGAGAGGACUGGACAACGCCAGACACUGCCCCACCCAGGCUGGGCCCACGGAGCCGGACCCUGAGAAACAGGCUGGUUCCCAGGGAGGAAGCAGCAGAGGCCAGCGGCGCUCGGGGCGGACGGAGAUGGCCUGGGUGCUGGUCCCUGCCCUCUGCCUGCUGAGCGGUGCCGGUGCCCACAAGGGGAACGUGACCCUCAGCCCAGGGCCCCUGGCUGGCUGGGUCGGCUCCUGCGUGACCAUCCCCUGCUCCUUCUCCCUCCCCCGGGACUGGACCGUCGGGGCCGUGAGCUGGACACGGGACAGGAAACAAACCGUGUAUCACUCGGACGGGACUGACAUCGACCCUGCCUUUGUGGGGCGCGUCCGCUACCUGGGGGACCAGCAGGGGAGCUGCUCCCUGCGACUGACCGGGCUGCGCCCCAGCGACCAGGGCACCUACCGCUUCUGGGUCCAGGGAGAGAGCCCACACAAGAAAAAGAACAAGACCUGGAGCAGUGACCCCGGACAGCAGCUCAGUGUCUCCAGUAACCAGCCUCCGUCCAGCACCCCAGCCCGUCAGUGCCAGCCCUCGCUGGGAAGCCGAACAGAAGCGGGACCUGACCUUGUCUGCUCCGUGGGGGCCGCCUGCCCCCAGCGCCCCUCCUGGUACGGCCCAGACGGCACGAGGCUGAGCCCAGACCAGACCCUGGGUGGUGACUGGGCGACCAAGCUGCGAAUAAGCCCGUCCGGGCUGGGCCCUGGCACGGUGCUGCGCUGUCGGGUGGAUGAAACCCGGGAUGAGUGUGAGUCGGAGCCGCACCCGGGGACAGGUACUCCCACGGUGGAGGUGUCGCGGCCGGCACGGCGGGGGGGCCCCAUGCUGCCCUGCCUGCUCUGGACCCUGAGACCCACCAGGACCAAGCCCUGCCCUUCGCCCCCUUCCCUGGAUCCCUCCUCCCUCUGGAUCCACCGGGGCCAGGCCCUGCCCCUCACCCCCUUCCCUGGAUCCCUCCCCCCUCUGGGCCCGGUCCCCCCACUCUGUCUCUCCCCAUUCACACCCGUGUCUCUGUCUCCCCCAGACGCCCCCCAAGGGGUCCGUGUUACGGCCGCGCCGGGCACCAGCCUGCGGGAAGGGGAGUCGGUGACACUAAGGUGCAAUUACAGCAGCAGCCUCCCUGCCCCCACCUCCUAUGCCUGGACCUGGGGCAGCCAGAGGCUGGAGGAACCCCGGCAGGAAUUGGUGCUGGAGAACAUCACAGCAGAGCAAGCUGGGGAAUAUCGGUGCCAGGUCACCAACGGGAUCGGCCAGUCCCCGUCCCAGUCCCCCCCCAUCACCAUCACCGUGCAGUGGGUCCGUGUUACGGCCGCGCCGGGCACCCGUCUGCGGGAAGGAGACUCGGUGACACUAAGGUGCAAUCACAGCAGCAGCCUCCCCGCCCCCACCUCCUACGCCUGGUACCGGGGCAGCCAGAGCCUGAACGUAUCCCGGCAGGAAUUGGUGCUGGAGAACAUCACAGCAGAGCAAGCUGGGGAAUAUCGGUGCCAGGUCACCAACGCGAUCGGCCAGUCUCCGUCCCCGUCCCCCCCCAUCACCAUCACCGUGCAGUGUGCCCCUAAAGAUGUGAACGUCAUGGCUACACCCAAGACUGGCCUGUGUGCAGGGGAGGCAGUGAAUUUAACCUGCCAUUUCAACAGCAGCCUCCUCACCAACGUCACCUGGUACAGGGACAAUGUCCGGCUGAAUGAGUCCCAGCCGGUGCUGGCGUAUGAGAGAGUCACAGGAAGCCACACUGGGAAAUAUCGCUGUGAGGUUCAGAACCAGGGGGGGACAGCUCACUCAGCCCCUGUCACUAUCAGCGUCAUGGUCCUUUUUUGUAUCUGGGAACACAUAUACAUCAUAGGACCUACAGCUGCAGCUGCCCUAUUGCUGCUGAUGGGGCUGGUCAGCAUCAUAGUUUGGAGUAAGAAACGGAGCAAGCACAAGGGAGCGCACAGCAAUCUGCUCCAGUCUGGCCCAGGGGAGAUCCCCCUAGCUGAAUGCAUCUAUGAGAACACCCAGUCCCACGGCAUGGGGAAGCCAGCCAGCCUGGCCCCACCCGGGCCCCCCAGUGUGCCCGCCAAGGUGUGCCUGGGCUCCCCCAGCGACACGGAGCCAUCCCACAUCUACAGCCAGCCGAGGGUCCUGGGCACAGUACCCCAAGACGACCCGGACGAGGUCCAGUACUCCGUUAUCCAGCUCCAGCGCCCCACCCAGAGAGUGGAUCUGGACGCCGACCUAGAGCCUCCAGCUGCUGGCCACCUGCCAUGGACAAAUUCAGACUGGACACAAGGUGGAAAUUUCUAA